AUGGCUGCCACAUUCACCAAAUACAAACUCGUGUUCUUCGUCCCGCCACCCGCACUUUCAGCCUGCAAGUCCGCAAUUUUCAGUGCAGGUGCAGGUCGCUUUCCCGGUCCUGGUGGUUACACCGAGUGUUGCUUCACCAGCAAAGGAGUGGGCCAAUUUAGACCCGGUGAUGCCGCCAAUCCUAAUAUUGGCAAAAUAGGAAAUUUGGAGGAGGUUGAGGAGUACAGAGUAGAAGCGAUAUGUGUGAACAGGGAGACGACUGUUAGAGCUGUGCACGCGCUGAAGAAGUAUGCAUGA